GAGGGAGUGAGUGAGUGUGUGUGCAGGGUAGAGAGAGCAAGAUACAGAGAGAGCGAGAGCGAAGGGAAAGGGAACUGUAAGCCAGUCACAGUAUCUCCUUCCCACUGCACCAGCGGUGAUGGACAGCUCCUCUCCUCACCUCUCUUCAAAAGGUUCCUGUUUAUUUUCAGUCGCGCUAGCUUUGUCUUCUGUACUUCACUCCAUAAAUUGUAUUUCUGGCUGUUCAGUUAUUUCUUUGGCGCAAGCUCAGUUCGGCUGACGGAAAGGAAAUGGGAUUAGAGACAGAGGACAGCACUGGAACUGUGACUUAAACUGUGACUGUCUCUGUAUUGGUGGAGUGGUUUCUCUUUUUUUUGUGCCUGGGUUUUUGCUACGAGGUGCAGACGUAUUGAGUGGAAGAAAGAGUCGAAAGGCCAGAAAGCCAUGCUUCCCCUAAACAAAAGCUCAUUUGAAUGGACAUGUAUAAGUAAUAAUAUCAAUAGUGGAAACAAGAGGGGAGGCUGACGUAAAGAGCUUUCACCCUUGGCUAUUUCGGGAAUGUCACUGACAAAAUGGAACCACAGACAAGUUCACGGGAUAAAGAAGCAGAAUGCAGAUCCCACACCCAUCGCAGCCCGCGCCCUGAAAAGGAUUUCUAAGGCGACACAGUCUGAGGAGCUGAGACACUUAGAUGGCCUCUACCGGCUCCAGUAUCCAUUGAUCAGGAUUGUGUGGAAGACUCUUGGCAACUCCAACAUUCUUUGCCUCAAAAAUCCUCUUUACAACCAGCUUUUGCCUCUCUCACAACCUUGAGGACGAAAGUUUCAGAAAAGUGCGUGGAUUGGGAUUUCAGAGACCAAAGCCUGAUUUGUGGCUCCAGCGCACACGCGUGCACACAUAACAGAAUACGGAUUUUGCUGCGCCUUGUUUGGCCUCUCUCUGACUGGGGAGCAUUGUAAACAUAAUUCCCCCAGUGCUCUGUGGAACGAGAGCUGUGACAUUAUCACCCGCCAGAAGCCCCGUGUUUUUCUAGCGUGUCUGUGUUUUGAUUCGGACAAUAGCGGGGCAUACAUGGGGUCCACACUCACUACUCCAAAAUAAGAGGAUGCAUACAACAAAACUGAAAACGAUCUGCUGCAAGCCGAACUUUAGAAGGGACUUUAUUGGAGGUAAAAAUCAAACACAAUGGCUAAUGUGGAUGUAAAUUCUCGAUUUUCCGAUCUGCUCUUUUUCUGACGCUAAACAAGCUAUUUGAAAGCCAAAAUGGCAUCCUUGCGGUAACAGUAAAUGUUUUAAUACUAUUUUCUCUUAUCUAUAGUCUCAAAAUAGGAGUCACAUGGUCCCUGUCUUAUUUAAUCAGCAGUAGGAUCUGCACCGGAGCGCCGUGUCUGCCUGCCUGCCUCAUGAUUCUUCCCCACAUGCCGACUACCCUGCACCUCCUAUGCUUUUUACCCUUGUGAGGACAGCCCCUGCCCCCAGCCCCUAGCCACCCAGAGGCAGCCCUCCUUAGAAUCAGGAGAUGUGGCCACAGACUGUCAGGGAGCGCAGUGGGGAUCCCUGCCGCCGGGAUAGAUGCCUGGUGUAGCAUCAGCAUAACUUUUUCUGUUUGUGGAGGGAAUAUAUAUUUUUUUCUUUCUUCAACAAUAACCCCACUGCCUCUAAGCAUGACUGAUCGGAAAAGGAGAGCCGAGCUGGCAAUCUUGCUUUCCCGUAGGCCGUAUUGAUUUUCGUCAAAGUCAGUGUUCAUUUGAUUGAGACCCAACUAUGUGAGAGCAGAGGUGAAAGAGAGAGAGAGCGAGAGCGAGGAUAGAGCUCUGUUUGCUGAGGGAGGCUACAGACAGCGGGGGUAGACAGGUCUCCAGUUACAGGCCAUCUGCAUCGCAGGUGGCACAGCACAAACCUGACCCACCUGGACCGCACCCAGAACAAUGAACCAGUCAGCGCUGACGACAGACCUGGUGCCCACUGCCAACAGCAGCCUCAUGGGCCCAGACACCAACCACUCCUGCCCCCUGGGCUGGGGCCAGAACGAGGGCCUGGAGGCCUGCGUCUUGGAGACUGCCGUCAUCGUACUACUGACGGUGCUCAUCAUCGCUGGAAACCUGACGGUGAUCUUCGUGUUCCACUGCGCCCCCCUGCUGCACCACUACACCACCAGCUAUUUCAUCCAAACCAUGGCCUACGCUGACCUGCUGGUGGGCCUCAGCUGCCUGGUGCCCACCCUGUCCCUGCUACACUACCCGGCCGGUGUCCAGGAGCCCAUCACCUGCCAGGUCUUCAGCUACGUCAUCUCGGUACUCAAGAGCGUCUCCAUGGCCUGCCUGGCCUGCAUCAGCAUGGACCGCUACCUGGCCAUCACCAAACCCCUGUCCUACAACCAGCUGGUGACACCGUGCCGGCUCCGUGGCUGCAUCGCCCUCAUCUGGGUCUACUCCUGCCUGGUGUUCCUGCCCUCCUUCUUUGGCUGGGGCAAGCCAGGCUACCACGGAGACAUCUUUGAGUGGUGCGCCCACUCCUGGCCCACCUCGGCACUCUUCACAGGCUUUGUGGUGUGCCUGCUGUACGCACCCGCCGCCCUGGUCGUCUGCUUCACCUACUUCCACAUCUUCCGCAUCUGCCAGCAGCACAACCGGGAGAUCAGUGAGAGGCGGGCACGCUUCCCCAGCCAGGAGAUGGAGGCCGGGGAGGGCGGCAGCAACAGCGGCGGGGGGCACCACACGGGUCACGGGCCUGACCGGCGCUACGCCAUGGUGCUCUUCCGCAUCACCAGCGUCUUCUACAUGCUCUGGCUGCCCUACAUAAUCUAUUUCCUGUUGGAGAGCUCCCACGUGCUGGACAGCCCCGCCCUGUCCUUUGUAACCACCUGGCUGGCCAUCAGCAACAGCUUCUGCAACUGCGUCAUCUACAGCCUGUCCAACAGUGUGUUCCGCCUGGGCAUGCGUCGCCUCUCGCAGACGCUCUGCUCCUUCAGCCACUGUGCAGCCGACGACAGGGACUUUGGAGAACCCAAACCCAGGAAGAGGCCAAAGUCCUGCUCCAUCUGAGGCGUUGGAGGCUAUUGUUAGAGAAGCUACAAAUUUCAAAGGUUACAUCUUUACAAAGCUGCUGAGCAUUCAAUUGACAGGGCUUUCCCAAAGAAAAAUAAUUUAGGCUCUGACGGUGUGUUUGAAGAAUACCAAUGACUUUGCUGCAGUCAUGCCAAGUCAUGAUUUAUGUGAAUGCUGAGAGAAGCUAGAUUUUUUUUUUUUUAAGGUUUAGUUUCUGAACAACUAAGUGGACGAGAGAUUGGCACUACAUUUUGGCUUUAGACCUGCGAAGUGGGGUUUAGCUGGUAACCUCCUAUCAAAUCAAAGUUUAUUGGUUGCGUGCACAGUUUAGCAGAUGUUAUAGCAGAUGCAGUCAAAUGCAUGCGUUACUAGCUCCUAACAGUGCAGUAAAAUGUCAAACAAGUACACAAACAAAUAUAAAAACAAGAAAUCCAGAAAUGUCCGAACGAAUCAAAUUAACCCAAAUAUCAGUAAUCCAUAUGCUGUACAUGUACUGUAUGUACAUCCUUAUGUACAACAUCGUUCGAACAUGGUUAUCUCAGGCUUUGACGUUUACAUUUUUUUGUUUCUCGUCAGUCAGGUUAAGUAAAGGACAAAGUUAGAGGUCCCUCCAAAAUGGAGAAACACUUUCCUCAAACAUUGAUGGUGACUUCAUGAUUUUACAGUCUGAUUUCACAGGAUUGUGGAUAAACAUUUAUUGAAUUUGAAUGCCAAUAUUGGACUGCUACUAUAGAUCUGUGUUCUUAGUAGGCACACAAAGACUGAAUUAUUACAGACAACAUCAACACGUAAUCCUCAUUUGCAUACACUCCCUUUAGGAGUUCACAUGUGCGUGCAAAUGGAUGACUAUUCACUUACUGUAUAUACAUGCUCCUUGACAAUGGUGGCGCCCACCACACUGAUGUAAAUAACAACAGAUAGUUAGUUGCCUUGACCUGUUAUGACAAAGUUUUGCAGAGUUUGCAGAAGGUUUGUUAGCAUACACAACAUUGUUCAGUGUGGAGUGUUAAAAGACGGUCAGCCCUAAACAGAGACGUGGCAGUCAAUUUGACGAGUUAAGCAAUCUCUUAAAAAAUACAACCCCACGCUGGUUUAGUUUUAUUAGAUAUUUCUAUAUUUUGACGUGAAACUUUUUUGUUUUUUAAAAAUAUUUGUCAAUGCCUCAGAUACAGUAGCUGUUUAGGAAAAAGAGUGAUUGGUGAUGUCCACUAGUGAAUACUCCUCUCUUUAUCUUUGGCUGCUCAUCAGAGUUCAGAGAAAUCUGCUCCACUCUACUUCAGCAUCAGCUUCAUAUGUAUGACUCUGUCCCCUUACCUUUUCCAUGCUUAGUGCAGAGACUGUUCCAUUUUUAGGGCCUUAUUGUACAAAAUGCAUUGUGCACGUGCAGUAAAUGCUCCAUAAGGACUGGUUGUGUAUUUUGCUGUUUGAUACAGCACAGGUGUAGUCAUUCCAAGUUUUUCUCGUACAUUCCCAGAAUGGCCUGUUUUUUUUUUUUUAUAGAUCAUGUUGAAGGAUCCAAAUAAGCGCACAUUUUCAGUAAUACCCAAGGCUAUUGUGAGAUGAGAUCCCUCUCUAUUCUUAUGGUGUAGGCCAUUUGUAGUUAGACCUGUGUUCAUGUAGUCAGUGUAUCUUUGACCGUGUGAAAAACAAGCAACACAGCAAACUAAACUCUCUCUAUCGUGACUGUUUAUGUUCAACAUUAUGCUGCUUAUCCUGUGAAGUCAUUCCUCCUUUUGCUUUACAGAUUGUUCUGUAUAUGUGCCUAAAGAUAUAUAUUUUUCGGAAAAGAUAUCACAAAGAUUUACAUUCUGUUCUUCUAUGUGGUUACAAGGACACACUGCACUUUUUUUUUUUUUACACUGGCUGCGUGACAUUGAAUUUUGUAACAUGACCUUCCUUUGACUUGACCCAAGAUCCAUCAAGCAUUUGCAGUAGUACCAUCUUGUUUCAACACCUUAUCAAAUCAACUUUUAUUUGUCACAUGCACCGAAUACAACAGGUGUAGGCUUUACUGUGAAAUACUUACGAGCCCUUUCCCAACAAUGCAGAGUUAAAUGCAAAAAGGAAAUGGUAACACAAUAAAAAUAAAAAUAACUAGACUGUAUACAAGGAGUACCAGUACCAACUCAAUGUGCAGGGGUAUGAGGUAG